AAUGAUAAUUCGGCAUAAAGCGCACUGUUGACCAAUCAUUAUCGGUUCAUGCAUUUUCAGUAAUUGCGUCAUAGUGCUUGCUUUUUCGCGAUAAUAUAGUGCUACGAUAUCUUCGAAUCAUCAUUCUGCGAUUUAAACACCUCACCUGAUAGUAGGAUAUUGGAGACGACCCGUUUUUGUUUUACUUGUAUCCUACUGCACAAUCGUCAUUAAAAAUUCAUUUUAAGGCCCAUUUUAGGGUCCUAGUUUAAGCAUGGCCGACCGGAGGGGGUUUCUGCUUUAUUUUCUCAUCUCUUUCCUUUUGCAAUGCGCUCCAUCCCUACAAGACUGCCCGCCUCCAAAUGUUGAUUCAAACGUGGAAGUAUCACCAGAUCAACCAUAUUACUCAUCGUAUGUGUACGUUCAGUUUUCGUGUCCUCCCGGAUAUUCGGCUACAAAUGGUUCUACAUAUUCUUACUGUUACCCGAGCAGCUACUGGUACCCAGACAUGUCGCAAGUUAUAUCAUGCACAGUGGAUUAUGAUGUGACAACUCCUGCGACGGGCAAUGUAUCAGCGGAGGCGAUGAUAUUUGUAGCAGACAAAUCACUGGGUAAAAUCUUCAUGGCCGACUUUUCCAGCGGAGAUUUCGAAUCUCUGACCUUCUCUGCCUUGCCCAUCGGGUCGGUGAACCAACCUCUGGAUGUGGAUUACGAUCCUCAAACUCGUAUGGUGUACUGGAGCGACUUGGCUGGAACGAUACGACGUGCAAAAAUUGAUGGUACUAUGCAGAGCGUGAUCCUCGACAGUUCUGUGGGCAGAGCAGAAGGCAUUGCAUUGGAUACGGGUCGUGGUAAAAUAUUUUGGACCGAUGAAACCUAUGACCAAAUCAUGUCGGCUAAUCUCGACGGAUCAAACGUGGAAACUCUCAUUAAUACAGACUUGUCUAAGCCACGUGCAAUCGUUGUACACAAAAAUAUGGGAGUGAUGUUUUGGACAGAUUGGGGUGACCCAGGACGAAUUGAGAGAGCAAACCUUGAUGGCGGGAACAGAAGUGUCAUUGUUAACUCCAGUGUCGUUUGGCCAAAUGGGUUGGAUCUCAAUAGCUACGGUGGCAGAAUUUACUGGUGCGACGCUUCAACAGAUAAAAUCGAAUCUGCUGACCUUUGGGGCAACUACAGGGAUACUCAUUUAUCGACAUCUUCGAUUCAUCCUUACGACCUGGCUUUCAUCAAUAAUUACACUAUAGCAUGGACGGAUUGGAAUCUGGAUGCAAUUGGCUUCACAACACUCUAUGACAACAACUAUACUUUACAGUAUUCAGAUACUUUCCAGAAUCCAUACGGCAUACAUGUAACCCCAGAUACGUCUUGCCAAAGGUGUUGUGGAUGCGGUAACAUGGGGGGUUGCUACUGCGAUUCUAUCUGUCAAGUAGCCGGUGACUGCUGUCAUGAUUAUGUCCAAUUCUGCAACGAUUCUACACCAACGCCUCAACCAACUGGACAAUGGGAUACUGAUAAUCCUGAGUCAACUACAGACAGUUGGUGGCAACCACAAACGACUCCAUGGUGGUGGUGGAAUACAGAUCGACCCGAAUCUACUACGGAAAAUAAUUGGCAACCACAAACGACUCCAUGGUGGUGGUGGAAUACCGAUCGACCUGAAUCUACUACGGAAAAUAGAUGGCAACCACAAACGACUCCAUGGUGGUGGUGGAAUACCGAUAGACCGACCCCAGAUGGCCCUGAUUAUACAACAUGGGUGUGGGGCACACCAAACUCACCUUACGUCGGAGAGGAGAAUGUGACUCUGGCGGUUGGGGUUGCUCAGACCGUCUCCUCUCAGAACUAUCCUUCGAAUCAUCCAAACAACGUUCGCUAUAACUGGUACAUCACUGCUCCUCCAGGCUACGAUGUUAUAGUUGACUUUCUGGACUUCAAGCUUGAAUCAUGCUGUGAUUUUCUCCGAAUUGGUAUCGGAGAAUCCCCGUCGUCUCCCGGAAGUGCUACCCUGGCUACCCUCACAGGUUCUUCUCUACCGUCUGAUAUGAGAUUAUAUUCUUCCCCAAGUUGGAUGAUGUUUUACACCGACUCUUCAGUCACUUAUAGAGGAUUUCAACUACGUUUAAGUCUUACUAACGAAAACACAGCAUUUACAACGGAAAGUCCAAAUACAAGAUGGUGGUGGACAACAGAUUAUCCAGGAACCACCGACUCUCCCCUCCAGCCAAAUGAAACAGCUCGUCUAGUAAAUGGAAGUUACUCGUCAGAAGGACGGGUGGAAGUAUAUUAUAGUGGUACCUGGGGCACUGUCUGUGACCAUGAUUGGGACGUAGUGGAUGCAGGUGUACUGUGCAGGAGCAUCGGAUACCCAGACGCUGUGAGAAGCCAUGGAUAUGCAUUCUACGGGAUGGGCGACGGUCCCAUCUUGUUGAAUCACGUCGGAUGCUACGGCUACGAAGACAGCCUCUUUGACUGUUAUCACAACGGCGUUGGUGUCCACCACUGCUCACAUUAUGAAGAUGCAGGAGCGGUCUGUUAUCCAGAUGCCCGCCUCGUUAAUGGGGAUAACCCGAGUGAGGGUCGACUUGAAGUCUACUAUGAUGGCGUCUGGGGAACAGUUUGUGAUCACUCCUGGUACAGCACGAAUUCUUACGUCGUAUGCAGAAGUCUUGGGUUCCCAGGAGAUAUUGGACAUGUCUAUAAUGCCUACUUCGGGCAGGGCACAGGGCCUAUUCUUCUCAAUCAUGUGACAUGCAUGGGACACGAGGGAAGUAUAUUUGACUGCAGCCACUACGGUGUUGGCAACAACCACUGCUACCAUUAUGAUGAUAUUGGGGUCAGAUGCCUCCAAAAUGUUCGGCUGGUCAAUGGUACCACCCCCGCCGAAGGACGACUUGAAGUCUUCCACGGGGAAUCCUGGGGCACUGUUUGCGAUCAUGGCUGGGGCAUGGACGAAGCAGACGUGGUCUGUAGAAGUCUAGGAUAUUCAUCCGCAGAAAUAGUAUUCCAUAACGCCUACUUUGGGGAGGGAAGUGGCGACAUCUUGCUCAAUCACGUGUAUUGCACCGGGAACGAAUCCAGCAUUUUCUACUGCAGUCACGAUGGCGUGGGCGUAAACCAUUGCAACCAUUAUGACGACAUUGGAAUACGAUGCGCUAAUGAUGGAGUAACACCUGACCCCCCUGCCAUUACUACCACAGCAAGUACACCAUAUUGGGACAUAUGGACUACAUCUAUGCCCUUCGAAGGAGAAGAAAAUGUGACUCUCGCUGUUGGGCAACCGCAGAUCAUCGCGUCUCCAAAUUACCCCUGGAAUUAUUCAAACAGCGUCCACUAUAAUUGGUAUAUUACGGCUCCUUCGGGAUAUGAUGUUCUUGUUGAAUUCUUGGUGUUUGAUCUUGAGUCCGGUUAUGAUUACCUUAUAAUCGGGACUGGAGAAUCACGAUCAUCCCCUGGAAGUGUUGUGCUGGCUUCGUUGACAGGAACAUCCCAUCCAGGAUCUUUGAGGCUAAACUCUUCAAAUAGUUGGAUGCUGUUCACUACUGAUUCAUCUGUCACUGACACGGGAUUUCAGCUUCGAUUGAGUCUCGUUUAUGCAGCUGAAGAUUCCACAACUAACCCGCCCCCGCCUGACGUUACUGAUAUACCAAUUUCGACAGUUCGUCUUGUGAAUGGUGGUGAAGCGCACGAAGGUAGAGUAGAAGUGUACCACGAUGGACUUUGGGGAACCGUAUGUGACGAUUCUUGGGACGUGUUAGAUGCACGUGUUGUCUGCAGAAGCCUGGGCUAUAGUGACGCCAGCUCGGCCCCUCGGAAUGCCCAUUUUGGAUCUGGUACUGGUCCUAUUUGGAUGGAUGACGUUCGUUGCUCCGGCUAUGAGGGACACAUUUUCAAUUGUCCGCAUAAUGGUUUCGGAAAUCAUAACUGUGUCCAUGGCGAAGAUGCCAGUGCUAUUUGUAUACCUGAUCAAGCUGAACUGAUCUGCGACAGCGUAUCAAUGACGCUCAUCAUGGACAGAUCACUUCUAGAGAUCGGUGACAACGCCCGCGAUGUCCAUUUUGUAGACGAGUCUUGUGUUGGAUACGAUCACGACAGUCAGCAUGUUGCGAUCACCACCAUGUACAACAGAUGUGGCACAAAACAAGAGCAAGAUGCAGAGAAUGUAAUAUUUACCAACACGGUGACGUUUUACAAGCCUAGUCCAGAAAACGGAACCAUCAUUACCAGAGAACACUAUCUUCACAUCCCUGUGACUUGUAACCUUAAGAGGACACAGAUCCUUGGCGAGUCCUUCCUGCCCCAGACCGAGGAAUAUGUAUUCGACGAGGAAGGAUAUGGUGAGUUUUCACUCCGCAUGGAACGGUAUACUAGCUCCAACUUCCAAACACCUGCCAACGACUCCGGACUAGUGACGCUCCGCACGCCCUUAUACUUUGGUAUCCACCUGGCUUCGGUCACAAACCUCACCCUUCUCAUCGAGUCGUGUUGGGCAACAGGAUCAUCAGACCCAAUGGAUGAUCAUCGCUAUGACAUUAUCGAAAAUGGGUGUGCCGUUGACAGCACAACGUACAUAUACGCAGGGUUUCCUGCAACAUUCAAGGCAUUCACUAUCGCUGCUUUCGCUUUCAUUGGUGAUUACGAUAGGGUCUACGUCCACUGCUCAAUUCUGAUCUGUGACAACAACGACUCGGGCUCCCGCUGCACGCAGGGGUGCCUCUCACGAUCUCGCCGAAGUCUCCAGCCCGCGGGCUACCGGUCCAAACCCCAUACCAUCACCAGCGGUCCUCUUUCUGAUGCCUCGCGUUCCAGCAGGGCUAUGUUGCUUGAUGCCGCCGAUGGCGGACCCGGAUAUCACGACCCUCUGAUGAUCGUCUCAGUGAGCGCCCUCUGUGUUCUUUUCUCCCUGACCGUCAUCAUGGCGUUGGUGAUUGUGCGCAUGCGUCGUCAUCGUCGUCCUGAACUAAUUGGCUAUCAGAGGGUGGAUACUACCGAAUAGGAUAAUAACGCUUUACAAUGGAAAUAAAUUACUUGGACUAUUAUGUCAAAGUAAUAAUGAAGGAUGACAUAUCUAACUCUGAUUCGUUAAAUGUACAAUCAUUAUAGAUCUGAAAAAUUGGUAUGAUCAAUGGUGGAUCCAAGGAGGGAGGGGGGAAUCCGGCCCGUGCCCCCCUUUUGAGAGCCAUAAUCAAUGUUUUUAAUGUAAAUAUGCUGUUCUUACAAAAGUGUGCCCCCCCCCCCCCCUUGAAAGUCACAGCAUAUAUUUUUAAUGGGAAUAUGUCGUUCUUAUACAAGUGAAGACCUUUUUUAUUAUUAUUUUUUUUUUGCUUGUCAAAUGUGAACAUUUGAAUUCAAAUUCUUUAAGAUUGAGAGAUAAAUCGUUAGGAUUCGAGAUAAAUCCAGAAUUCGCCUGGUCACUAUAUCAUUUUGUCUUCUUCUUGGUGUUACUUUACAUUCCUAAUGGCAAAACCAAUAUCAAGAACUUCGCGUUUCAACUUUUCUUCACGUUCAUCCAAUUAAAAGAAAGCAUUUGGUUUGUAGUAUAUUUACUUGUGGAGAUAAUUCUUCUCACAUAAGUACGUGUAUUUUAAUCAUCCCUGAAUGUAAACAUAGAAAAAAGUAGAAUCGUUGCAACAAUGUUUGAAUACCAUAGAACAACGUCACUAGUACAUACCCAUGACUAUCAUGACUGUUCAAAUCAUAAACCAAGAUACUAUCAGAUUUUCCUCAUUUUUGUCUCUCGUUUUAACUUGUGAUUAUAAGCAAGAAAGUUCUUUAUGUCCAAUACCAUGUUAAUGCAUCAUCCUAUGUCAAAUGUGCCACAAAAUUAUAGUAUUCAAUUUGAGUGGAAUAAUAAUGGCACUUGUAGAAUGUUUAUGCAAUCUGAGAUGUGUAACAUAAAAGAGCAAUUCAUUUGACAUUUACUAUCAAUUGUGAUUUUUUCUAAACAGCUGGUUGGUGAUAUGUUUACAGUUACAAUGGUUACACUCAAACAUGUUAAACAAAUGACUUUUUGUCACAGGGCUAUAGUCAAAUAUCAUCUAGCUUGAUCUUAAAUUGCAUUUCUAUUUGUUUCAAUAAAUACAGGUUAUCGUGCUACAUAUUCUAUACUUUUUUAAAUAUUAAAACUGAAAUGGUGGAUAAGAUUUAGUAGGUAAUACGUAUUAGGAUCAGUGCAAUAUUAUUCUGUGUUGGUGAAUGCAUAAGGUGUUUUCUUUCUUCUCUUACAUUCCAUUUUAAUAGAAAAUAUGUAGUAUACUGAAAUUAUUCACGAGUUUCUUCAAUUUACUAAACAAUAUAUUUUAUUUUGCCCAUUAAUGGGAUUGCUAAAUGUUUAUAUAGAUUUGGUUUUAAGCCAAUAUACCCAUAUCGAAGCAAUAUUUCAUCUCAAUUUACCAUUCUUGUGGGGUGUUGCAAGAAACUUGCGAUCAAUUGCAAGUCCAUUUUUGGUCCCCAAAUCAAUCAUGUCUUGCAGUUAAUUGCAAAUUAGUGAUUGAUUAUGAAUCUGCUCCUUGAAACAAGAAGUUUAAUUUGAUUUUCUACAGCUAAUGUUGAUCUAUCAGUUUUAAAAUUGCAAUAGAGUAUUUGCAAUCGAUCGCAAAUAUUUUCUUGCAACACCCCCUUAGACCAGCUUGGCACUUAGGAUUAUCGGUCUAUCGACCCAAAUUGGCUUUAUCAAGACUUAAAUUCAUUCUUGGCAACCGUUAUUCCCAGAAUUUCCAAGAUGUAGGAUUGAAACUGAAAUUAAAAUAGCCUGUAUUCUGAAGUCUGAAUCAAUGUCAUGGCCCAAAGUUGUGAAAAUUUGGGAAGUUAAUAGAUCUUUGGGGGGUGAUUCGAAGUUUUCAAUGUUCACUGUGCUUUUUUUUUCUUUUAUGCUUCAAUGGCGAGGACUAUUAAUAGUAUUCCUGGUUGGCGUUUCAUAUAGCAGUUCGCAAUUAACGAGCGACCUAACGAACGACUGGUGACUCUUAAAAAUUUAGUGUCUCGUGGGCAAUUCCAUAAAAUAAUCAACCUUUUUGUACGUCCGACCCCCAUUUUUCUCAAGUCUACUUCACUUCAUAAAUUGACCAAGUCAUGGUCCCUUGAGAACAUUACAGACUGUCAAAAGAACAAGAAAUCAGAGACAGAACAUUUCAUGAAGACCCCACAUAUAGGGGGUCGGACGUUUAUAUUUUAUGGAAUACCAUUUACCACAGGGGUCAUCAGUCGAUCCUAAAGCCGUUCGUAUCAUUUUUAAUGAUAAUAAUUCAGGUGCCAAAUGUGCUGAUUUUUUUUCAUCGUUAAAGAUUUUCGUCAAAUUUUAGUAUCCAUACUCAAAACAUUUGGAUCAUGUAGGAUUUGCUAUAAUUCAUAUUUCCAAUCUUAUACAUGUUUUGGCCCACUCACCAUUGGGAAAGAAACAACGGUUAAAACAAGCUCGAAAUUAUCAGUUAAUACAUACUUGAAUCGAUCAGACAAAGGGCUCGUCCUAGAACUGUAUUAAUCACGUCAUGACACGGUCAGUUGCAGGAUUGUCAUCCAGUUUGGUUAAAUUCGUAUCUAAUUAUGAAAUGAUUGAAUAUUGUCUUUCCUAUUUCUUUUAAUCCUUUCCAUUCAGUAAAGAGAAUGUGUCAACGAUAUGACUGUUCUUUUGUGAUAAGUGUGUAUUUCAAUAUUAUGGUGAAGUGUGUAUUUCAAUAUCAUGGUGAAGUGUUUUUACAUUUAUCGUUGAUUAUGUCGGAUGAUUAUUUUGUGCCUCUCAUGUGCCUUUCCUGUUCGUUUACCAUGAUUAAAUGCUUUUGGUAAGCUUCA